AUGCUGAAAAAUGUUGCCAACAAAUUUAUAGAAGAUACCAAAAUGAAGAUUACAGUAAGUGACAUAAAGUUUCAACCUGACAGAAUACUCCUUCAACAGCUGAAACAAUACAAAUUAAUUGGCAUGCUAACUGAGAAAAAUAUGAAGACAUCUGACAUGUUGCUUCAGAUAAAAGGAGGACAAUCAUACUGUAUCAAAGUUAAGUCUGAUGAACAAAAAUGUAAUAUCUCCAGCGCCUGCUAUAUGGAAGGUGGAACACUAAUCCUAGCUGAUUACUCCAACAAAAAGCUAAAACGAUUAGAUAGUCACAAUUAUACAAUAACCGGCUGCUAUGAUAUACCUGGACAGCCAUGGGAAAUAUGUAAAAAUAAUGAAACUCAAGUAGCAGUAACAUUACCCUCCAAACAGGAAGUUCAUUUCAUUUCUGUAGACAGACAAAUGAAAACAACAAACAAAAUUAAAACUGAAUUUUAUUGCCGUGGUAUUGCCUAUGGCAACAAUCAUUUAUAUAUUUCAGACUUCACGUCAGUCUAUAUCUACACAAUGACUGGCAGGAAACUUGCACUGAUUAGUACUGACCACUCAGGACAGGAACUGUUCUCUAGCAUAAACAGUCUAGCUGUCGGUAAGAAUGGUACAAGGCUUUAUGUUGCUGAUGAUAAUAAAGGACUGAUAGUACAAGACCACAAUGGUCAGAUUAUUACAACAUUUAAUGGUAAACAACUACAGCCAGCUUCAUAUUGUCAUCUCACUGAUGCAGAUAGUGUGCUGGUAUCUGGAUACAACUCCAAUAAUGUUUUACAGUUUACAUCUGAUGGCAAGCUGAAAGGAGAGGUCAUAAAAGAUGACAGUGGAAAACAAGGAAUAAACUCACUUUGUUGUAAUCAGCAAAUGUCUAAGAUGUGUAUAAGCAGAGGAAGUGAAGACAAUAUUGAAGUGUAUGAUAUCUGA